GUGGAUUUCAUAAGAAGAAUUUUAAAUGCUUAUAAUUUAUCAAUUAAACCUUAAAUGUACAAAAAAUGCUUAAUUGGAAUAAUUGUAAUGCAUUCAGUGAUUUCUUGCUGCGCUCAAUUCCAAGAUCAUGUGAUACUAUGGGAUGCUAGCAACUGGAGAUUUAAAGAAGGUCACAAUGAAAUCAUUGUCAUUGAAGGUGAUAAUCUGAUCUUUGUUUGUCCAUCAAAUCGAACAUUUUCUCAGUCACUCUACUGGACAAACGAUUCUCGAGUAACAAUUAAAUGCAAUCAAACUUUACCAAUUAAAGUAACUAAACUUUUAGAUUGUUUUGGUGAUAAUUAUGCUACGGAAUUUAUACUCAAAGUCAGCAGAUUUCAUGAAAUUUCAUCUCUUCCAGUUUUCCAUCAAAAAUUCCCAAUUCAUUUUCUAGCUCAGUCAGUUAUAUGUCAAAACAGUAACUUCCGAUUAAGUGUUAAACUAGCAUCGACGCAAACGACUACAAGCACUGAUACAGUUUCCAAUGAUUUCGUAAGAAAUACUAAAUUAACGGAUCAUGAUGAAAAAUCUACUACUCUCAAUAAAUCAUCUUAUUUUCUUGUCAAACCGAAAAUUACAAAAUUUAUCACCAAUGUCUCUUCAAGUUCAUAUUUAAAUCAUGAUUUUACUAGUACGCAGCAAACUAAUUGGAAAGAAUAUCGAUUUCUUAUUUUACCAGCUACAUUAGCAGUCUUUACACUUGUUGGAAUGCAGAUUGUUAUUUGUAGUUUCUGGUUACCAAUUUCAGGAAUAAAUAAAUUCUUUAAGCAUUUUCGCAAAUGUAAACGCUUACAAAAUUCAGAAUCACAUCAUGAAUCCAAAACUCUGAAAGUUGACAAUGGAAAUUUUAAAAUGACAAAUCAAAGUUUGUGCUGGAGUAAACCGACCCAAACAGCCGUCAAUUAUUGUACAAAACAUGCAUUAAAAAGGUCAUUUUCUAAUUGCUACCAACUUACCACAUCUAAUAAUCAAUCAGAACGUUGUAAAUUAUUACAUCAAAGUUAUCAGUCGGAUUUUAACAGACAAAAAAAUCAAUUUCAGGACUUAAUAUUACUGAAAUCACUGAUAGACCGUCAAGAUUAUUUUGAUCGGAACAUUAAUCAACCAGUUUUGCAUGAAACUUCAAAUGUUUCAUGCAACUGUUUUCAUCAACAACAUCAAAUCAUCAUGCAAUUAAACAAAAAUCAAACAAAUAUUGUACCGAUUUUCAUUCCAUUCAAUAGAAAAUUACAUGAAAAUUUUACGUCAACUCAAACAAUUUCAGAAUUGGUAUAAUGACGAUGAACAGUGGAUCCAACUGUUGUAUUUAUUUUCCAAACAACUUGAUAACAAUCAACACAACAGUCAUAGGCUUUUAACUGUACAGUACAAUAAAUAGGGAAUAUUGGUUUAUGACCUCCAUAGUUUUAUCGCUUUUAUUUUUUCCAAAUAUCAAACAAAAGUUCAGUUAAUUUUAUAAAAUUGCAAGAUAAAAAGACUGUAAAU